AUGUAUGCAGCCGCAACGCUGCAGCUUGCAGCGCUGGUUGCCUCCGUGUCAGCCAUUUAUGAGGAUCAAAUUGGCAAAUUUGACUGUGUGGAAGCAGCAGCUCGAGCAUUCUUCUUCUUCUUCUUCCAGCCCUCCACUAACAUUCACAGCUGCCUCAAAGUUUGGAAGAAGUCUCAAGUGCUAAUCUCGAACGGCAACGUGUUCAUCUUCAGGGAUGCGCAUGUCACGGCCCUCUCUCUCGCUAACGGCCAGUAUAAAUGGUCAAGAAAUGAGGAAAAUAUAAAAGAUUGGAUUGGCUCGAUGCCAGGCUCUCAAAUGCUCACUUCAGUUGGAGGCGUUGCUGGCGCAGAGCUCAGUGUUGUAAGAAUUGAUAUAACAAAUGGUGCAACUGCCAAACUCCAAAAACUCAAUGCCAGUUGGUUCGACAAAGAAAAAUGUACGUUGUCCGAUACGCUGUUGUCGUGUUUUGACGAAACGGGCUUUCAUGUAGCUGAUUUAUCGUCGGAUCCAGUGACCGUGCAUCACACUGCACUUCCCGCUGUCCAUAGCAUCAUGAAGCUGAAUACCAGAGAUCUGCUGCUGGUGAACUCUCACACAAAUACAUACGUUUAUCGUGUGACACUAUCGGAACCGCCAACACUGUUGCUUGAACUGGAAAAAGUUGAAGCAGUGGCAACAUCCGAUAGACACGAUUUUCUGGCUGUCGCAACUGCUGCACAUGAGCUGAUUGUCUACAAUGCUAUUAAAGGGGAGCUUCUAUUCAGGGCACAGAUUUUGGAAAAAGACUUAGCACCUUUCAAAAUGAUC